GGUACCUACAUUUUUGACCUUUGGUCAGAGAUGGGUUGAAGAGAAGAAGAAGAAGAAGAAGAAGGAGGAGGAGGAGGAGGAGGAAACAACAGUCCUAGCACAGAUUUUCAUUGCAAGACAAGCUUAGGCUUCGAACAUCAGACAAGACCCAGAAAGCCUCCUGCAUCAGCCAGCCUUGUAGUGGUGGCGGUCUUCAGGUACCUUACGGCCUCAAUUGAGAGACAAAUCGGAAGGUCGUUGGCAACUCCCAUCUGGACAGCCCAAUAUAUGUUUGCCCCUCUAGAGGGCGACGGAUUGGAUGAAAGAGUUCAGCUUUGGUACCCUAGUCAGCAUCUACAUUAGCGUGAGAGAGAAAGCAGGACGAAUGGCGCAUUCCGAGCGCCAGAUGCCAACCAUGUGGGAUGGGUGAAGAUUCUUGCGGGUCGGAUGAUGGCCCAGCGCCUUUUCGUCGAUUUCUUCUUUCCCUUCAUUUGUUUCUUGUAUAUUCUUUUCCCCCCUCUGUUCCGUUGUUUAUUUUAUGAUAUAUAUAAAUGUUUUCUGGGUGGGUCACUUUUUUUUUCCACCCAGGAAGUCAACAUUGAUCAAGAUGAUGCUUCAAAUGAACCAAACGUCAGCCCGGGACCAAUGUCAUCUGACCCAAUACCGUAAACAAAAGCGAUUCCCAGCGUCAGCAAUG